CGAGGAGGGGACAGCGACAGUCGGGAGCACGGGAGAGGGACGCACCCUCCCCCGCCGCCAACCCGCUUCCUCCUCCUUCUCCUCCACCUCCUCCCCCGCCUCCGCCUCCGCCUCCCGGCCGGGAAGAGCUCGCCGUGCCCGCUGCAGCCCCGCUGGAUGCACUGAGCGCUCGGGCGCGGGGAGAGAGGGGCAGGAGGGAGCCGGGAGCCCCGCCGCGGAGGCGCUGCGCUACCCGGAGCCUCACGGCCAUUUGCUUUAAUUCUUUUAUUGCCCCCCGGCCGCCUCCUCCUCUCUGCCCGCGGGAGCCAGCCGAGGCGGCGGGGGCUGCAUCCCCCCCCCCCCUUUUUUUUUUUUUUUCAUUUUUUUUUUUUAAAUUUCCAUCGCCGCCAUGGGAUGUACCCUGAGUGCUGAGGAAAGAGCCGCCCUGGAGCGGAGCAAGGCCAUCGAGAAGAACCUGAAGGAGGACGGGAUCAGCGCGGCCAAAGACGUGAAACUACUCCUGCUCGGAGCCGGAGAGUCGGGAAAAAGCACCAUCGUGAAGCAAAUGAAGAUCAUCCAUGAGGAUGGCUUCUCUGGAGAAGAUGUGAAGCAGUACAAGCCAGUGGUCUACAGCAACACUAUACAGUCACUGGCAGCUAUUGUCCGUGCCAUGGAUACCUUGGGCAUCGAGUACGGCGAUAAGGAACGACGGGCUGAUGCCAAGAUGGUCUGCGAUGUCGUAAGUCGGAUGGAGGACACAGAGCCCUUCUCUCCAGAGCUGCUGUCAGCUAUGAUGAGGCUCUGGGCAGACUCUGGGAUCCAAGAAUGCUUCAACCGGUCCCGGGAAUAUCAACUUAACGACUCAGCCCAAUACUACCUAGACAGCUUAGAUCGAAUUGGAGCUGCAGACUACCAGCCCACGGAGCAGGAUAUCCUCCGAACCAGGGUCAAAACAACUGGCAUCGUAGAAACCCAUUUCACAUUCAAAAACCUCCACUUCAGGCUCUUCGAUGUCGGGGGCCAGCGGUCAGAGCGCAAGAAGUGGAUCCACUGCUUUGAGGAUGUCACAGCGAUCAUCUUCUGUGUCGCGCUGAGUGGCUACGACCAGGUGCUCCAUGAAGACGAAACCACGAACCGCAUGCAUGAAUCUCUGAAGCUUUUUGACAGCAUCUGCAACAACAAAUGGUUCACAGAUACUUCUAUCAUCCUGUUUCUAAACAAGAAGGACAUAUUUGAGGAGAAAAUUAAGAAAUCUCCACUGAGUAUCUGCUUUCCUGAGUACACAGGCCCCAACGCUUUCACGGAGGCGGUGGCGUACAUCCAGACUCAGUACGAGAGCAAGAACAAGUCGGCCAACAAGGAGAUCUACACUCACAUCACCUGCGCCACCGACACCAACAACAUCCAGUUCGUGUUCGACGCGGUCACGGAUGUCAUCAUCGCCAACAACCUGCGGGGAUGUGGACUCUACUGAAGGCUGCUCCUCCCUGCUCUCCUGGCGCCGCCCGAGCAUCCUUCGCUCCCGCGGACAGGUCCUCCCUUUCCUUGCUUUUUCCUCCUCAGAAGAUGACAAGGAAGAAAUACAUAAUUCCCUCCUCCUGUCCCAGAAAACUCUGCAGCAAGUUCUGCUUUCCCCAGACCCGUUUUAUUUUAUUUUGGUUCAUUUUUGGUUCAUUCCCUUGCUGCCCCGUUCUACUCCUCCGUUCCAAUUCACAGUGUUGUGCAGGGAGCUAACGCAUUUCCCACGAAGUGCAUUUCAACUGCCAAAAGACAAAAAUACUUCAGUUUUAAAGAGAGGAAAAAAAGCCUUAAAAUACUGGUCAGGAACAGUGUAGUUUGGAACCAAAACUUUUAUUUUGCCUUGAAAAUUAAGGGAUAUUGUUCAUUCUCCUGGUUAUUUGCCUUUUUAAAAAAACAUUAUUCCUUUGGGAAGUGCUAAAUACAACCUGAUCAUUUUGAGGGUACCUUACAGCUCCAGUUGUGACCCCAAAGCUGGAGGGUUUGGUGUUGAAUGCAGCCACCAUAGCUCAGAUUUGUACAUUCUCCUUUUUUCCAGACAGCUAUUUGAACAAGUAAAACAGCCAUAUCGAGUUCUGCUGGUGUCUGAGUAACAGAGACACAGUAACCAAGCCUACUAAGCCUUGUCUAAAAGCAUUCAUUACUGGUAGCAGUUUUACCUCAAGGUUUUCAAAAUUAAUGAUAAAAUGUAUCUAGUGGUUGCUGUAACCCAUUUCUGAGGCACUUCCAUGGGGGCCAUGGAGGCACUGGGCUGGGACCCCUGGAGUGCAGGCAGUGAAGAUGCCCUGAUGGAAGCUCCACACUCAGUGGCAUCCUGACAAGGAAUCCAGCCUGGGGACCUUUCCCACAGCACCUCCCAGUAGAGGUGAUGCUCCUGCAAACACACAGCAUCACUUUCCAAACUUCAGCCUUGAAAUGCUGGGGAGCACAAAAAAUAUUUAACCCUGGCUUCUUGUAGGCAGAGUCUGACUAUCAAGUGCCUGAGAUGGGGAAAGGUGCUUUGGGAAACCUCCCUGUGCUUGGGCAGCAGCAAUGUGUGCAAGAACCUCGUGGCCCUACAUUGCCCCUUGGGCAUCUAAACCCCUUGAGAAGCCCAACCUUGUGCUCUGAGCCUCCUUGGCUGAGCACAAGCCAGUGGCUUUCCUGUGUCACCUCCUGCCUGAGCAUCCCAGAGACAGCUCCAGGGUUGGUGUCUCCAGUCAGGGCAUCUCUUCACCAGUAUUGAGAUGGAUGGCUAACAGUGGCAGAGGAGAGCUCAGGAAGCUGAUUUGAGUCAAGUGAUGGAGUAGGAAGGAAAAGUGCAAGGGAAGGAAGAAGGAAGGGCAGGAGAGAGGAGUGAGAAGGACGAGGGUAGCACCCAGCACAGCAAAACUGGGGGCUCAGAGAGGACAAAGGCAGGAGAGCUGAGGUAUGUGUGUCCACCACCAAGAACUCUGGGUGCUGCUGAGUCAAAGGCAGAAGAGAAUGUGAGAGGUGGGAUGUCACCUCUGGGGACUCUUAGAGGUCCACCCAAAAGCUUGUUAGUGUCUGGGAGAGACAACAACCUCUGAGGUCCCACUCAGAGCCCACCUCACCUGGGGGCAGGUGGGCAGUGUUGAUCCGUGCCUCUUCUCUGCCUCUCUUAAGAGUCAAUUAUCUUGAAAAGCAUGAAUCUUUGCAGGCUGGCCAGAAGUUCAGCUGUUCUCUCUUUGGAGCCUGAUCUAGGAGUGGCUUUCAGGUCUCAGGAGGUCUCUUCAGGGCUGUGGUUGAGAGGGACAACAUCUCUUCUCACUGUGCCCAUUUAGGAGAGGGUGUGAGAGCAGCCCAGAGCAGCACAGCCCCAGGAGGAGGGGCCAGGUGAGCGUCAGUGUUCAGGAGGCAGUGACAGGAACACAUAUGGUGGCACAGGAGGGAGAGGACAGUGGGAGAGGCUUAGGGAACAUUUUGGGAGAGAAGCUGCAGAAGGGAGAUGAGGCAGACUGAGACAGCAGGAAGGAUGGGAAGAGAAGGGCACCUGGGAGCCAGAGGAGAGUCCCCAUCAGGGGCUGUGCUCUGCCAGGACAGUAUUUGUGGGUCAUUUGUGACAAAUGCCCAGGCAGGGAUGUGAGCACCCUGAGGCCUGCAGAGGAAAAGGAGGUGUCUGUCACCCAUCCAACCAGCUACAGCCCAGCAUGGCUGGUAACUGUCAGUAACCCCUAGAGAGCAUUAAAUGAUGCAUUUACUAUUGUGCAGCAAGGAUCUGCUGCUGCUCUGCUGGGCACUAACAGCAAUAACACAACUCCCUGCCUCCCCUGCUCUGGCACAAGCCAGCACCCACCUUUCUCUUCACCAUCUCAGCCUUAAAAUGCCUCCAAUGACAUCGGCUCCUGCAAAGAGCUGGCCAAAACAGGAGUUCCUCUCUGCUCCUUGUGCCACAGCCCACCCACACAUCUGGCUGAGCCCCAGCAGCAACACCCAGCAUCCACGUGGGUGUUGUACAAAGCCCAGGGCAAGAAAAACCACAGAUUGGUUACAUUUGGUACCUAAAAUGUGUAACCACUGGACCCAGAGUGAUGCUGGCAGGGAGGCAGGUCUUUUAUUAAGUUCUGUAAGAACAGUUUGAUCAGAAGCACUGGAGUUUUUGAGAUUUUCUGUUCCCACCCCUUGCUGUGAAUGAUGUUUUAUCCAAGCAAAUAAGUAACAGAAGCUGUUCCCAGGGAAGGCAGCACCACACCAAGGCUUUGUAAGCUCCCAGCAUAAAGCACACAGGAAUAUUUUGGUAAAGACAAUGUAAAUUAACUCCAAACUCUGCCAAAUGCAGUCAAGUGGCCAGUGCUGGCUCGGUGUGCUUUUACUGCUCCCCAGGCUGGAUUCAGGUAACCCAUUCCCAGCUUUGCCAGCUGGGAGGUCCAAGCCCCCUCUGCAGCUCCAGCAGGUCCCUGGCACAUUGAUGACCAUCAACAGCUGGUGCCCCAUGGGGAGAAAAGGGAGAAAAAGCAGAGGAAAUGUUGCCACAAAGAGCCUCUUCUUUCAUUUUCUUUGGCAUAUUGUGUGUCUAAAGCUUCAUCUCAGCUGCUGCUGCUGACAUUCCCUCCCUCACACGAGUGUCAUGAGGAUUCACUGACAAAUGCUGGAAGCAGCCUUUGGAAGAUUAAAUGCUUCCAGUGUUAAACACUACUAUUUCUCCUGCUUGAUGGCCAUGUAUAGAUUUGUGUCUCCAGAACUCCUGCCAAAUCAUUACUCAUUGCUGGCUUCUGCACCCUCCGAAGCCCUUCCUGACAGAUGUGCCUUCUGCAGGCAAUCUUUUGCCCCAUGCUUUUUCUAAACACCAGCAAUUCUUGCAGCAGUUGCCUAAAAAGUACCUUGAAAUACAUUGCCUGCUUUCAAAAGGCUUUUCUUAACAGCCCCUUGUGCUUUGCAAUUGCUGCGCUCUGAAUCCAGACUCUUGGAGAUCCAGAGCUGUGUUUCAUUUGCAGCCUCCACAAAGCAGGGUUGUUGCAACUGGUACAGCUGCAUCAGAAAUCCUACCAGGGCAUGGAGGACAGAUUUUAAAAGCACAGAAUAGAAACAGCUAUGUAUACACCCUGCUGCCCUUCAAAGCGAAUGUGGGAAUUUGCAAAAAAAAAAAAAAAAAAAAAAGCCUUUUUUUGGGAUG